AUGAGGCCGGCGCCAAAUUUUCCGACUCCCACCUCAAGCCGGCGUAUCAGCGUUCAACCUUCGGGACUUCAUCAGUCUAGGACACCUGGCAAUCUUAAUGGCCGAGCGGCUAUGCCUAUGGACGCACUGAGCUCAGCUCGACGAUCAUCUUUUUUCAAACCGAUUUCUACAAAGGAUCCACGCCCAUUCAACGAUCCGGGAUUUAAAGCUCAGAUGGUGAGCAAGAUUCACACAUUUCUCGUCGAACAAUGCGGAAUGAGCGACAUCCCCGAGCGCAUCAUUCGCAGUCCAUCAAACAGGGAUUUUAUCACCAUUUUUGAGUGUAUCUACCAGCAUUACGAUUCAAAUUUUCGUAUCACGGGGAAAAUUGAAGAUGAGGUGCCGACGAUUUUCGUUCGUCUUGGCUAUCCAUACGUUCUGAAGGGUUCAAGCUUGAAAACUGUGGGCGCUUCUCAUGCAUGGUCCCAAAUUUUUGGAGCCCUUGUCUGGUUGGUCGAUCACGUUAUGUUGUCUGAGCGAGUUACAGCUCAAGAUAUUUUGCUCGGAUCAAGGACUACAGAAACUGCCACUAAAGCAACGUUGAAAUAUCUCUUCAAGCAAAAUAUCUUCCGCAGUGCUGUCGAUAAUGAUAUGAGAAUCGACGACAAUUUCAUGAAAAGCCACACCCAUCGUUUACGCGUGCAAUUACGUGACGGUGUCUUACAAGGAGUUCAAACGAACGAACUGAAAGAACAAAUCGAUCUCUUGCAACAAGAAAUUAAGAUUAUCAAAGAAGAGGGAAACAACGAUCUGGAAAAAGCCUUGAAGGGAGAUAUUUUGGCGCUUCAAGGUGAUGUGAGAUCUCAACGUAGUUACCUUAUGGAACUCCAGGCACAGAAAGCCGCUCAAGAGCAUAAAUUGAACGAAGUAAAGAAAGAUCUCGAGUUAUGUGAAGACGGCUUAGCGAAAGUACAGCAAAAGGUACUUGAUAAUGAGAAACGUAUUGAAGCACAAGCGACCCAAUUUGGACUUCAACCUGAUGCCGCUCGCAACGUCAAAGGAGAGAAUAUUUCGCUUCGUCAGGAAAUUCAAAAGUUUCAAGCCGAGCUUGACGAAAUUGGCAAGAAGAAGUGGAAAGAGAGACCGGCCUUACGGGAAAAGCUCGACAAUUUGAAAACCCUUCUUCGCCAGUGGUAUCGUGAGGUGCUUGAAGUAAAGAUGACAGUGAAUGGAGCCGGCGUUUCACAUAUCGAAGAAGAGACGCCUGAACCAGCCACGGCGCAAGAAAUUCACUCAACUGUUGCAACAGAAUGCCCACGAUUGUUGACCGAGAUCCGCAAACUUUUGGAGAAGGCCAUCCGUGAAACACGUACCCGAUCGGCUAAAGCAAAACAGGAGAUUGAGGCUAAAACUGGUGAAUUGAAAGCUAUCAAAUCGCGCAUCUCGAAUCAGCUCAAGGACGCAGCAAUGGAAGAACGCCAGCGUUUAAGGAUUUGUGAGCAAUGGGACAAUGCUCGAAAAAUGUUGGAAAUCGAGUUGGAAGACCGCCAACAAGAACUGGAGAGAUUUGCCGACAAAAAGACCGAAUUGAGUCGCCUCGACACCGAAUUGAAGCAACUACAAGUUAUGGAACAAAAACAAGCAACGAUUUUGUCAGAGCAUGCUCUCAAUCUUUCUGAUCGUGCACUCGAGCAUCUCGCCAAACUUAGUGGAAUUACCGAAAAGUGUUUGGGAAUUGAUGAACUUAUAAACGCGGAUGCUGAGAAAAUCGCGAGGGAAAUUGCAAAGCAUACAACUGAGGUCGCAGAAUUCAAUAAAGAAGAUGACAAGGAAAAUAAUCGAUUUAUGCUU